AUGGCGCCUGCCCUUUAUAGCAAUACAUUCGCAGAUGGCACACACAGCAAUGUUUUUUCUAGCAAGGGUACCGACAGCGACGGCUGCAACGAAUACAGCAGCAAAAGCGAUAGCACCAGCGAGAAGCCCAUGACCACCAGCAAACUCGAGAGCAGCAAAAGCAGCAAAAGCAGCAAGAAGGCACCUCAAGCCUUGGUUGUUGCAGAGAGUGCGGAGCACAAAUUGAAGGAAAUGAUGGGAGUGACGGGGACCAGCACGAGCGAGGAUUUAGUACUCCGGCUAGCAGUAAAACCAGGGGGCUGUAGCGGCCUUUCCUAUUCUCUCCAAACCAUAGAGAAGGUGAUAUCCUAUGGGUGUGCCUUGUUUUCUGCAUUGGUGCUGAACCACCCCCACUCCUUCUUUUACGUCUUCGGAACUGUCCUCAGCUACUCCAACGACCUUAUGGGGGGGGGCUUCAAGUUGGGAAAUCCGAAUGCUUCCAAGACAUGUGGCUGUGGCAUGUCCUUUGGCGUCCCCAAAAAUUUCAUUGCAGCCACACCCAUUCGACAGCAGCCAUCAAAAGGCCCUCUUGAAACUACAGCACUAAGAGGCUGCCCUCCAGGGCAGGAGGGGCGUGGCGGAAAAGGGGCACGCAUGCCCUUAGCAAAUGUUGCUGGCAUAUCUGAGUCGUCUGCAGAGGCGACACCCGCCACCGUCUAA